AUGAUUGAUUCUACCACCACCACCACCACCAGCAGUAUGCGAGCACAAGCAGCAGCCAGACGGCAUUCCAAUCCUUCUCGUCCAACCAGAGCCGGCGCGUAUACUGGAUUCGGCACCUCGGCCAACUCCCCGUCCAACGCUAGACAUGACGGGCGUCCCGUUUCCGAUUUCCGACCAUCAACCUGCGAGGCGCAAAGGCGAGACACAGGAAUAAAGAAGCAAAAUGACGCUACUCCGGACGAUGCUGUACAUGCAGCUUCAUACCCGGGAUAUCUUUUCCACCCUGCGACUCAUUACAUGCAGCGCAUCCAGCUCGUUACAGUCUACCCGCCACUAUCAAACCGCCCUACUGCAGCAUUCUUGGGAAUUUGUGUUAGGCUUCUGGGGCGGCUAAUCCACAACGACCGGGUCUUGUCUGCUUUCGCGCUAGAGCAAUCGCCGGCAGCACCACUCGCGCCGCUAAAAUCUCCCGUUGCUCCCACAGGUCAAUCCGUCAAAUCGGGCCAUCCACAGAUGCACGCCCACUCCGGACCUCACUCUCUUCUACCGGCCGGUUCGAACGGAUACGGUACCUCUACUGGCGACACCAACCCCAAACCAUAUAUGUAG